GAGUCUGUCACUCAGGGGAAACACUAUCAGAGAGCUGGACAGAGAGGAGCAGCAGAGGGAUAAUUCAAUCUGACAGAUAUCACAGAGAAACGUCAAGUCCUGGAAAGGAUCCAAACUCCUCCAAGCAUGAUCCAGUCCGCCAGUCCCUCCUUUCUGACAUCCCAACCAGGCCGCAAUGGUACAAACCCGGAGGAUGACAGCGUAGUGAGCAAUGACCUCUCCACCACGAUGGGUGCCCUCAUCCUUGGCCUGGUCUUCCUCCUGGGCGUCCCUGGAAACCUCUUCAUCGUGUGGAGCAUCCUGGCACGAACCCGCCGACGCUCAGUCACCACCCUUCUGAUCCUCAACCUGGCGUGUGCUGACGGCUUCCUCAUGGCCCUCACCAUCUUCUUCAUCAUCUACCUGGCCAAGCAGACGUGGGUGUUUGGUGAUGCCAUGUGCAAAGGCCUCUUCUACCUGUGCAACUCAAACAUGUACGCCUCCAUCUUCCUGAUCACACUUAUGAGCGUGCACAGGCUGGUGGCUGUGGUGUUUCCGACCAAAUCUUCAGAGCUUGUCAGCAAGAAGAUCGUGAAGAGGGUGAUCGUGGGCAUGUGGGUGCUGGUGAUGGUGAUUUCCAUCCCUUCGCUGGUGUUUCGAGAUGUGAGACCGGACAAAGAUGAGAGGAAUAAAACAAGACUUGUGUGUGCUCCCAAUCACACCGAGCCCAGACAUGUGAGGUUCCAGUACGCCUUUGAGACGGUGUCAGGGUUCAUUCUUCCGUACACGGUCAUCAUAAUCAGCUACGUCCUCAUCCUGAGACGCCUCAGGCAGACCAAGUUUCGCAGAAAGGUCCGCAGCGAGAAACUCAUCCUGGCUAUUGUGGUGAUGUUUGGUCUUUUCUGGCUGCCGUACCACGUUGUAAACAUGAUACAGGUGGCAGCUGAGUGGUACUCGGAUACUUCACCAAGAAGAGAAUUCUUGGACAAUAUCUCCAAAUCCAGCCGUGCAGUGACCUCAGCUCUGGCCUUCAUCAGCAGCUGUGCAAACCCUGUCCUCUACACCUUCGCUGGGAAGUCCUACAUUAAGAAGAACGGCUUUGCUUUCAUGGCUCGGCUCUUUGAGGGGACUUCGUCAGACCAAAUAGGAACAAAAAAGACCCGGGGAAAAAGUAAAGACAUAGUCGAGACUAGUAAUAUUGAAUCCACACACAGCACAGAUACUCCACCUCUACGAAAUGGGAGAUGAGCCUCGAAUGAACUUUGUGCAUCAAAGACGGCACUAUAGAAUGAAAACAAGCGAAAACUACAUAAUGAUUGUGUACAUUUUAGUCAAAGUGCAAAAGGAUGAGUGCCUUAAAAACUAUGUACAGAGACAACCACCUUAAAGCCUGGGUUGGCAGUCUCGGAAAACUAGCAUGAAUUUGAC